AUGCUUCCUUCAAGGGAUGUCUUGAGUCAAGAACAACCGGGUGCACCUCGGGACCCUUGGUUUCACGAUGAUCGCUUUCUUCGUCUUUUCUACGAAAAUUUCCAUGUGGCGCAUCCCAUCUUGGUGCCGAGUGCCACUUAUCAUGAUAGACAGUAUCCCGAGUUCUUGCAGCUAGUGGUGAACUUCGUCGGAUCUCACUACCUUCCUUCUAGCCCAACACAGGGCUAUAAAGACAAGGUCAUCGCAGAAUUAACCUGCAAUCCAGAGCGGUCAUCAUGUAUGGUGCAGGCCUGGCUAAUCUACUCGAUCGCCAUCUACGCUCGAGGAGAAUGGCAAGAAGCCCAGGACGCAUUUGCCCAUAGCGUCGAGAUUGCCUUGGAGCUAGGGAUGAAUCGUCAGGACUUCGCCGUGUCUGUCCAUUCUGAGAACAGUGUUGAGGCUGAAAGCCUGCGUCGGACAUGGUGGGAAUUAUACAUUACCGACAUCUUCAUCGCGGCCCCGUUUAAGAGUAAUACUUUCCUUUGCAGUACGAUGGCACCGGAAGUCGGCCUACCAUGUGAAGACUCGGCAUAUACGGGCACCUAUGACAUCCCAACGCCGCGGAAAAUAAUCGACUUCAAACGCAGAGUCUUUGCGCCUGAAGAAACAGUCUUCUCAUCGUUCAGCUACCGGAUUGAAGCGACAACAAUUCUUUGCCGCGCGAUUGUAUUGAACCGGCUACGUGACUACCAUCGAGAUCAUCUGCAAGCUGUGGAAAAUGCGCUUGUCAGUUGGGUCAAUCAUCUACCACCCCGAAAGCUAGAUAUUGUCGACUCUUAUGGUAAUAUUGAUGAGAUGAUGUUCCAAGCACAUAUUACGAUUGCCUACGCGACAAUGUUGUUACAUCUCACCCGAAGUGACCUUCAAUCUGUUUUGCCCCGUACCGAUGAACAAUUUUGGCCAGUUCCUACUCGGCACAUUGCAUCGACACUCAAUCGUCCCAUCCACAGCAUCAAGGCGACCGAGGCUUCGCGGAGAAUAUCUGACACAAUCUCACUCUGCCCAAAUGUCCUUAAACAUUCGCCCUUUGUCAUACCUGCCUUGGCGCUGUGCGGGAUGAUUCAACUCGCGACUUCGGUCAAGCAUACCGAGGAGUGCUUUGACCACCAUUACAAUCGAGUUACUCUUAUCCUGGGUUGUCUCAAAAGUACAAAGCGAAUAUGGGGCCUCGCAGAUGCCGCAUACACACAGCUUCGUACGUCUGCAGCUGAUGCGCUCUCUGAUUCAAUGGAAAGAUGGAGCACAGAGCCUUUGAGAAAGUUUUUCCCCUCGGACUCGACGCCGAGCAGUACGGAGAGAACUAAUCAGCCAACUCGGCCAAACUCUGCCAUAUCGGAGGGACAUGAAUUAUUGUUCCCACCGAUCGCACCCGCCUUUGUUGAUCCGACUUGCUACAACGAUACCUUUUUUACAUCGUUACCGGAUUUUGACAUUAAUUAA